UUAUAUCAGAUGUCCUAUAAGAGUCCCCCUUUACAUAAGAAGUCCUCAUCAGAGUCCUUUUUUACAUCAGGACUACUCCUCAGAGUCCUCCUUUACAUCAGGUUUCCAUCAGAGUGCCCCCUUACAUCUGUGUCCCCAUCAAAGUGUCCCCUUACAUCAGGUGUCCCCAUCAGAGUGACCCCUUAUAUCAGGUGUCCCCAUCUGAGUGUCCCCUUACAUCAGGUGUCCCCAUCAGAUUGCCCCCUUAUAUCAGGUGUCCCCAUCUGAGUGUCCCCUUACAUCAGGUGUCCCCAUCAGAGUGACCCCUUAUAUCAGGUGUCCCCAUCAGAGUGUCCCCUUACAUCAGGUGUCCCCAUCAGAUUGCCCCCUUAUAUCAGGUGUCCCCAUCAGAGUGUCCUCUUACAUCAGGUGCCCCCAUCAGAGUGCCCUUUUAUAUCAGGUGUCCUCAUCAGAGUGCCCUUUUACAUCAGGUGUCCCAAUCAAAGUAAAUCCUUACAUGGACUUUUCCCAUGAGAGUGCCCCCUUACAUCACCUGUCUACAUCAGAUUGGCUCAUGGAUCAGUGGAUGCACUCUCAGAG